CUCAUGACAUAAACAAGUUGAUGCUGAUCAAUCUCACUAUCCAAACCAGGCUUUGGGGAGAGGACCUGAGAAGGGAAAACAAUUCCACAGCUAAAAAACAAAGCACACCUUCAUUCCAACCCUGCUUCACAAAGGCAGUCAGCAUGUUAACUGUCCAACAUGUGAAGCCACGUGAGGUUCCUUCAAGCCCUGUGUUUAGUGACGGAAAAGUCAAUGCUCAAAUGAGAAACAAGGCGACGGGAGGCGCAGAACUCAAACAAGACAAGAACUUCAACUUUGUGGAGGAGUCCUGCGACAAGAACGAGAACGUUGGCCAGUGUCAGGCGGGCGGAACUGCCCUCCGAGAGAUGGUCAGUCAACUUGACAACGGCGUCCAGGCAAAGUGCGAGCCCGACGUCCAAUUGGGGAGAGAUGCCGCCUGCUUUGUCGCUGCCGCCGAUUCUCCGGGUUUGGAAUCGGGUCGACUCAAGCCACUCUCCGUUGAAAACGUGCGGAUGUCACCGGGAGUGACCGGAACGGGUCACGGCAACAAGCCCAACGCGGCCAAGGAUUACGAAGAGUUUGCGGUCUCCCCUUCGGAUGACAAUGGCUACUCCAGCAGCUGCUUGAGCAUCGAAAGCCCAGACAGUGUUGAUGGAAGCAUUUGGGAGGUGGCUGAGACUGUGCAGAGAGAUGACUUCACCGCCUGGCAGCAGAACGAGGACGUCAGCGUCGAGAAAGUCCCGGGGUCUCUAACCGCCUCGGGCUCCUUCUUGCCUUUGCUGCUUGAGGCAGUGCAGAACCUUCAAGAGAAGCAGAGGUUCAAGGAACAAGAGAGAGAGAAGCACCAGACCCAGGUCAUCAUGUACCGAAGGCUGGCUCUGUUGCGUUGGAUCCGUAACCUCCAACAGAAAGUAGUCGACCACCAAAGCCGCCUGCAGGAGAGCUACGACACCAUCCUAAGCAAUCGCAAAGAACUGCUCAAAUUCAUCAAACAGGGUGUCAUCUAGCAGCAAGUCGGCUAAGACACAGCGAACGCAAUGAAAUGUUUGGCUGUUGAGACAUAUGUGUGUGUAAAAUAAAAGAAUGGCAAUAGA